CAUAAUGAACUGUGCUGUGAUUAUUCUAUUAACAACAAGCUGCUUCACCUGGUGGUCUUCAGCUUUUUAUACCCCCACCAGAGCAGCACCCAAGAAGCUGAAGUAUCUCCUCGAUCCGCCUGUUUACGCCGAAGUUGUUGGCCGAAGGGGUGAAAAUGUCACCUUGCCGUGUAUCCUGAAAGCCAAACCCAGCCAUUACAGAAUCAAAUGGACAAAGCUGGAGCCCGGACAUGCGGGGCCGGAGAACAUUAUCAUGAUAUCAACCGCACAUUCCUCCAAGCCAUACGGCCAUCUUGGACCACGGGCGUCUCUCCGCAAUGCUCACAGCAUCGACGCCUCCCUGCAGCUCAGCCUUCUCAAGCUGGAAGAUAAUGGUGUUUAUCGCUGCGAGCUUGUGAACGGCAUCGAGGAUGAAAAUGUUGUCAUUACUUUGACGAUUGAUGGUGUGGUGUUCCCCUAUCAGAGUAAAAAGGGUCGUUACCAAUUAACCUUCCAUGAGGCUAAGGAGGCUUGUGCUGAGCAGGAUAGCACGUUAGCCACAUACGACCAGCUGUACAGAGCCUGGACGAAGGGAUUGGACUGGUGUAAUGCAGGUUGGCUCCACGAUGGAACUGUUCGUUAUCCGAUUAUUCAUCCUCGACCUGCCUGUAGAGGAGACUUACAGCCGGGAGUCCGCAGUUACGGACCGAAAGAUAAGAAUCACGAUCGAUUUGAUGCUUUCUGCUUCACCUCCGUAACAUCUGGCUCGGUGUUCUACAUAUCAGGAUCUUUCUCCUUCGAGCAGGCAGGACACGCCUGUAAGCGUCAGGUAGCUGAGCUUGCAUUGGUCGGCCAGCUUUACUCCGCCUGGCACUUCCAAAACUACGACCAGUGUGACGGCGGAUGGCUGAAGGACGGCAGUGUACGAUUUCCCAUCAAUAGCCCCAGGGAGCGCUGCGGAGGUAUCCCAGAAGCUGGAGUGCGCUCAUUUGGAUUCCCUAACAAGUCGAUGCAUCUGUACGGAGCGUAUUGUUAUAGGUAGCCUCAAAAUAAAAACAUA